CUGUGACAGGGCUGGAAGUGGGCUGUGACAGGGCUGGAAGUGGGCUGUGACAGGGCUGGAAGUGGGCUGUGAUGAAAUAAAAGACUGUGACGAUAUUAGAAACUGUCAUCGUUUGAACUUUAACACUGGCCUUUAAAGCCAAACAGAAAACGUUUCAUUGGUUGAACCUGCGCUGUGUCAUCAUUAAAACAAAAACAAACAAAGAAACUUGAACAGUUAUCACUGUUUAGUUCAUGUUAUUUCUUUUUUUAAAUCUUGUUGCGUUCUUUUAUCUCAACCAGGGACUUUUUACACAAAACACUGUCAAUCUCACCGAGGUUUUCCUGGAUUAUCAGAUUAGAUCAUUCAAAUACUCUUGAGAUUUGUUUCUUCCAAACAAAUAGUAAAAUAUUUGUACAAAUCAGUACAAGUAUGACAAAAUACUUAAAACUACCAACAUGGGAUUUUAAUAAUAGUGUGUAAAACUACUACUACUAAUAAUAAUAACAGUAAUGAUAAUAAUACAUAAUAUUGCCAGUCAUAAAAGCCACAGUGUAUUUUGGGUAAGUCUGUAAACGGCGGAGCUCAGUCCAAAGCAGCUGGGAUUAAAGCAGAUUAACAGACUGAAUCUGCAGAGACUUUUGUUUAUUUUUGUGAGCUGUAAGACUUCAGGCUGACUGUGGAAUUACAUGAACGUAUUUCUAUCCUCUUCUCAAGAUGUUCAGGCUCUAACUUGACGCAAAAUAAUCUCUAAAGCCACGGAGUAAAAAUAGACAAAGCUGUUUGUGUAACGGAGUCUUAAGGAUCUGUAAAAAUCCCUAAUCUGCUGGGAUUAUAUCAUCCAACAAUCAGGAGCCGAGAGGAGAGUGGGCCGAGGUUUCUACCACACCAUGACUGACUGAGAUAUUUUGGUUUCUUUUUUUCAACCUCAGUGCACAACAAUGGCAGACGCGGCUGUAGCGACACCUGCUGACAAGAAGGCACCGCCCAAGUUCAAGCAGAGGACGACUCGUACCUUCAAGAGCAAGGCUCCCAAACCCGGCCAGAAGGGAUUCGGAGACGACAUUCCCGGCAUGGAGGGUCUGGGCACCGACAUCACGGUGGUCUGCCCAUGGGAAGCCUUCGGGGACAUGGAGCUGAGCGACCUGGCCAAAUAUGGAAUUGUCUAGAAAUCCUCAUCCGUCUUUCACCUUCCUGCACUUAUUUUUCCAUCCCACCCAUUAUUCCCAUGUUUCCAUUUUCCCCUCCACCUCCCAAAUGACAUCUGACCUUUGACCUCAUCAACUGAAAAAUUAUGAAGAGAACUGGAAAACUCCAC